AUGACUGUCUUCAACAAAGAUGGUAAACGUUUCCUCUAUGAAAUGGGUCAGUGGCUUCGAUCAAGAUAUGGCAAUUUCUUGGGCAAUACAUACCAACCAGAUGCUGUUUGGGCUCAAACAACAGGUGUGACGCGUACAAUAAUGUCGAUGCAAGUCGUUCUGGCCGGACUUUUUCCACCUCGAGGAACGGCUAUGGAAUGGAAUCGCCGUUUGAACUGGCAGCCAAUCCCAAUCUUUUCGGAACCACUCGAUGAAGAUACUCUUUUAUUGGUUCGAAAACCAUGCCCACGAUAUCACGAGGCAGUCGAAGAAGUGUUAGCCUCGGAUGAAGUAAAGAAAGAACUGGAAGAAAAUGCACAAUUGUUUGAAGAACUCACAAAACAUACCGGUAUGCCAAUCAAAACGCCCGACGAUAUCCAAUCGUUGUACAGUACACUUCGAGCUGAGACCGAAUAUGGUCUGCGAUUACCAAAAUGGGCACAAAAAUAUUACCCCGAUAAACUCACAAAUCUAACCGAUUUGAGCUACAUUUACAAUAUCUACACGGAUGAAAUGAAACAACUGAAAGCUGGACCGUUCAUUCAAAAGCUGGUGACUGAAUUCGAGAAUAAACGGGACGGUAAAUUGAAGCCAAAAGAUUUGAAAAUUUCAUUAUACACAGGCCAUGACUCGUCUGUGGUGAACAUAUUGGCUGGUUUGAAUGUAUGGGAAAAGCAAUUUCCAGCCUAUGGCAUUAUGGCACUGUUUGAACUGGUGCGUGACAAAAAAUCCGGUGAGCUUGGCGUUCAGAUGUACUUGCGCAAUAGUGCAACCAGCGGUGCCACUCCAUUGACCAUUCCAGGUUGUGAGCACUUCUGUCCGCUGGAAAAAUUCAUUGAAUUCGGAAAGAAGGUCAUUCCAAAAGACCGUGCAGCUGCCUGUAUUCCUCACAACAAAGACUAUACCACGCCUCCGCCAAGCGGCCCAUAGAACAAAUUCAAUUUAAUUGUGAUAAACUAAUGAAAUUCCAUAGAUUUUUUUUUAUGAAAACCAAUAUAUAACGAAAACGAAAUGAAUAAAAAUGAAAACAUUGAAA